AUGGUUGGAAUUGGUGCUUAUUCUUGCUUCUUCUGUGGUCAUGCCUUGCUGCUGCUUUCUCAUGCUAGUGCUAAAGAUACACUUGCCCCUGGAGAAAGUCUGUCGUAUUAUGCGGCGGCAGAUUCCUUGGAGUCAUCAAACACACUGUACAGCUUAAAAUUCAUUGAGCGAUCGAGCUCUACCGUCACCAGCUGGUAUUUGUGUAUACAGUCCUCCAGGCAUCCCUUCCAAGCGACUACGGAAUAUAUUACGAUUUGGGUUGCUUGGCAGGGCCAAAGUCUUUUCUCUCCAGAAUUAACAAUGUCAGAAGAAGGGCAGUUGAUAAUAGAUGCUGUAGGUGAAGAUUUCAUUGUAAACAAUCAACAACCUUCUUACGUUAAAAACACAACGGCAACUCUUCUUGAUAAUGGCAACUUAGUUUUGCAAAGUCCAGGGGGGCGUACGUUGUGGCAAAGUUUCGAUUACCCCACUAAUACUUGGCUUCCAGGCAUGAAAUUGGGUUGGUUUGGGCUGAAAACUCCACGCCCUCACCAACGUUUUCUCACUUCUUGGACAGCCCAGCAAAACCCUGCUUUUACCUUUGGUGUUCUUUAUCCAAACAAUAAUACUAAUACUAAUACUAAGCGGCCGCAGCUAGUUCUCAUGAGAAGAGGGACUGUUUAUUGGCAAAGCGGGGUCUGGAAUGGUAACAACUUUUCACCUAUUUUUCCAUACCUUAACUUCAGCUAUUUCUCUGAUGAGAAUCAAAGCUACAUUAUUUUGAAUGAGGAAUUGCAUUUCAAUUUAACCUAUAUCCUUAUUGAUGCAACUGGGGGAGUAACUGUGGAAAAGGAUGGAUAUCUGUCAUCCUCCACUUAUAUUGACUUACUAGUGUUGGAGACUGGUUCAAUUCAACAACUGGUGUCAUUCAAUGGGAACAAUAUUUGUUUAACUCCACCUUUGGUAUCACUGACUGCAACCAAAUGUGUGCAAAUAAUUGUUCUUGCAACGCCUUUGCUUCUAUCAUUGCUGAAGCUGGAACAGGAUGCAAAUUUUCUUCAUCCCCUGCCUACAACUACGCCUCUGAUGGUGAAGCUCUUUACAUUCGCCACAAUACCAAAGAAGCAGCAAAUCGAACCAAAUUAUCUCCACUUCACCAUCCUGCCCCCCCCGGCUUUCACAAAGACGAAUAAGUCGCAUCACAACAAAACAGCAACUAUAGCUGCUCUUACGGUACCAUUUCUGGUGAUCCUUGCCAUGGUUUUCAUAAUAUGGUAUAUGAAUCCAAGAAAAUGUUGCCCCACUUGCUUCAUAGCCCCAAAUGAACAUUCAAGGCAACAACUUGUUGCUGGUAAGGAAGAUGAGGACUUACCUUUCUUCAAUUUCAAAACCAUAGAGAUGGCUACCAAUUGUUUUUCACCUGAAAAUAAGCUGGGUCAAGGAGGAUUUGGUCCUGUUUAUAAGGGAAUAUUACCCAAUGGUCAAGAAAUUGCUGCAAAGCGACUCUCAAAAAUAUCUGGACAAGGAAUUGAACAAUUCAAAAAUGAGGUUCUAUUGAUUUCAAAAUUGCAGCACAGGAAUCUUGUAAGACUUCUGGGUUGUUGCGCUCACGGGGAUGAAAGGAUAUUAAUAUACGAGUAUUUGCCAAAUAAAAGUUUAGAUUCAAUUCUUUUUGGAAAAAAUGAAAGAAAGAAAGUUUGUGUUGAUUGGAGAAAGCAUGUCUCCAUAGUUGAUGGAAUUGCUCAAGGGCUUUUAUACCUUCAUAAGUAUUCAAGAAUGAGAAUUAUUCAUAGGGAUCUAAAAACAAGUAAUAUCUUAUUAGACAUUCACAUGCAUCCAAAGAUUUCAGAUUUUGGGACGGCUAGAAUAUUUAAAGAUAAUGUUUAUCAAGCAAGCACAAAAAGCAUUAUUGGGACUUAUGGUUACAUGUCUCCCGAAUAUGCAAUGAAUGGUUGUUUCUCUGAGAAGUCUGAUGUUUUUAGCUUUGGAGUCAUGAUAAUGGAGAUAGUGAGUGGAAAGAGAAACAAUGACUUCUACAAUUCAAAUCAUGUUUCAAAUUUACUUCGUUAUGCUUGGGAUAUAUGGAUAGAAGGAAGAAUUUCAGACUUAAUUGAUCCAACAAUGGAAAAAACAGUUCCAAUAAAUGAAGCAACAAGAUUUAUACAAGUAGGUUUGCUAUGUGUUCAAGACAGUGCAGUAGAUAGGCCGACCAUGUCAGAUGUGGUAUCUAUGCUUGGUAAUGAAUCAACAGUCUUACUUGCCCCUAAACAACCUAGUUUCUCUACUGUUAUCAGCUUAAAAUGUGAUGAUGUCGUUAACAAUCCAAAAGUCUCUGGCUCCACGAACAGCUAUAUGGCCGAACUGUGGGGCUUCCGGGAAGGCCUCAUCAUCGCUAAGAACCGUGGACUCAACCAUCUUAUAGCCGAAACAGAUUCGGAGGCUAUGGUUCAGGCCCUGCUAAAAGAGUCAGAUUCUCCUUCUGAGCUCAACAUGCUAAUCAAGGACUGUAAGCUGCUUAUGAGUGAGUUAUAUGUCUUAAAUGUUGUUCAUACCUUUCGGGAGGGCAAUAAAUGUGCUGAUUUCCCAGAUCGCUACUUGGGGUACUAUUGUGAUUGA